AUGGGAGAGGUUAUGUCACCCAUCCAGGUGUCAUAUACUUCAGCAAAUGAUGACAAGCAGUAUUUAACCAACUCAGAUAAUAAUAUGGUAUUUCUGGACGCAAUAAAGACUAUGAAGGAGUCUUUGCAAUCAUCAAGGCAAGAGUCUUCAGCAACAGUAAAAGUUGUACUUCUUCCUGUGGCCCAGGAAAUUAUAAUGCCUUUUAGAGUUGAUUCCAUGUUUAAACACCUCAAGGAUUAUUUUUCACACUUGUUAAAUGUUCCGUCUGAUGUACUGCAGAUAACUUCUUCAGGAAUAGUUCUUAAAAAUAAUGAGACUCUACUACAACAUGGAGUUAAACCACAGGAAAUUGUACAAGUGGAAAUCUCUUCUAAAAAUCCAGAUCUAUAUCAAAUCAGAAGAAUAGCUGGACUGAGUAAUGGCUCUCAAAUCAUAGCUGUCAGAGUAGAAACUGGUAUUGAUCAGUACCAGAAUGUAGCUGUUGAGAUUGUAAAAUCUGACUUUCACAAACCAUUUCUUGGUGGAUUCAGGCAUAAGAUAACAGGAAUAGAAUAUCACAAUGCUGGAACACAAACUGUACCCAAAAAAGUUCUUGAAAAAGUUGAUGUAUUUUGUAGGGAUACCCAGACAGUUCAUGAGAGAAGAAAGUUCCAACAGACUACAAAUACAACAUCCACACAGAUGACUAAAAUCGGUGUGUAUGUAUCAAAUAUGACUGAUAAACUGGGAACACCAGGGAGAUAUUUUACAGCAGCAGAAUACCAUGCUAGAAGAUUACAAGCGGUCAUAGUGUUACAGACUUACUACAGGCAAUGGCAUGCUAAAAUUGUGGUAGAGGAGUUAAGAAGACAGAAGAAGUUGAGGUUGGAGUGGGAAUUACAAGAAGAACUAAGGAAGAUAAGAGAAAAAGAGGAAUGGAUGAAAAUGGAUUAUUACCGGAGGCAUAAUCCUAAAACAGAAGAAGAUUUUGAACUUCUUUAUAAUGCACUGGAACACCUCUUCAAAUUAGAACAACAUUUUGUGUACGCGUGCUCAGCUCCAAAGGUAUGGAGAACACCUUUUGGCAAAAUAAUUGAGAUGGAUACACAGUUCACCAUCAGAGCCAGAGAACUGCAGAACAUCUAUAAAUGCAUUAUGCUGAAAAAUAUCUCUCAAGAUGAGAGGCUGGAUGUACUCUUAACGCUUAAACACACUGUGAAGGAACAUGAAUGUAAACUGACUCAGGAAAUUCUAGAAUUGAUUGACAGAGAGGUUGACCUUAUGAUGAGAGGAGUCAAAUGUCAUAAUCUAGAAGGACUCAGAAAAAGAAUUACAACACUCUUUCUUCAUUAUAUCAAAACACCUCUGUUUAAUCCUGAAGUUGCAAGACACCUUAAGGUCCCUCAAGACCCAUUGAAGUUUUAUAAGAAGAUUUACUUCUGCCACAGUUGCCAGCUCUAUUUGCCUUCUACGGAGUUUUCCAUAUCGUCCACCUCACAGCGCAUCUACCGGUGUCGUCAUUGCAAUAGCCUUGACAACGAGACUCGAAAACGAGAGUCAUUUUUGAAGUACAAAUGUUUACUACAGCGGCUCUACUUUUCAGAAGCUGAUUAUGAUGAUGAUUCUAAAAUUGCUUACCUGAUGCAGCUGCAAGAUAUUCAGCACCUAGUGGAGAACAUCUGGGCGUCCCAGUCAGCUCUCAGUGCUUGGGACGAUCUUAAUGAUCUGGUCAUGGUCAGGUGGGAGAAGUCCAUGCAGUGGGCCCCCUGGAACUGCAUUCUUCUUACCAAAAGUGAAGGCUUUGCUCAUCUCAAACUAGCAAGUGUGGAAGAGGGAUAUGAACCCUUGUUUAUUCACAAGAUCAAACACAAACAUAUCCUGGCUAAGAACUAUUUUUCUCAGAUUCCAGUGCUGGCUUCAUUCAUACUUGAUGAUGAAGAAAUGGAUGAGAUCAGGAUGAAGUAUCGCCCCAAAACAUCACCUAAGAUUAUAGAAUCCAAGGGACCCUGUCCUUAG